AUGAAUAUCGACAAACUUUCAUUCGUAAUUCUACUUACAGUAGUGUUGCUGGAAGCAAGUUUACAUGUUAGAGAAGAUUUAGUAUCCUUUCGGAAGAUAUUAUUCAACUAUUUGUUUCCUAAGGAUCCCGGUAUAGUGAGAGUAAGGAAGCUAGAACAAGUCAAAACAGUGAGCAACGUAACUACAUUGGAUUUCAUCGGUUUAGUAGAGAGAUAUAAUUAUGCUGCUGAGGAACAUUACGUCACAACGGAAGAUGGUUAUAACUUGGUGAUACAUAGAAUAUCAGGAUCUCCUUUACAUUUGGGUCAACAACAAAAACCAGUUGUGUUUCUUAAAGCUGGUAUCUUUUGCUCAUCUGAUAUCUGGGUAUUAUUCGGUCCUGGCAAAGAUCUUGCGUUUUUAUUGGUUGAUGAAGGAUAUGAUGUAUGGCUCGGAAAUUCCAGGGGAAAUACUUAUUGCAGAUCACAUAUAAAAUUGUCUCCACAAAACAAGAACUUUUGGCAAUUUAGCUACCACGAGAUAGGAACGAAGGAUCUUCCAGUUGUGAUUGAUUAUGUCCUUAAUGUCACAAAUCAGAAAACUUUGCAUUACAUUGGUUAUUCGAUGGGAGGUACCGAAUUGUUCGUUUUAUUAUCCAUAAGACCUGAAUACAAUGCAAAGAUAAAAUUGGGAAUCUGUCUUGCUCCGAUCGCCAUUUGGAAAGAAACGUCUCCGCCACUGAAAUAUUUUCAUAAUAUGUUACCAAACUUUAAGGAAUUUUUUGAUUCUAAUGAAAUAUAUGAAAUAGGCUCCUUAUCAUCAAUGAGUAUUACGAUGGGAAGAAUGCUGUGUGCAGAUAACAAAGUUACUCAAGCUGUCUGUAUUGCAAUAAUGUUUCUAAUUGCCGGAUCCGAUCCAGCGCAACUUAAUACUACGAUAAUACCGAUAGUAUUAUCGAAUUAUCCGGCAGGAUCUUCUGUUCAAUCAUUAGAUCAUUAUAUUCAAAACAUGAUUGCAAAUAACUAAUAUUGAUUGCUGCAGAG